GACAGAUACAAUGUGGCACUUUGGGAACUUCUGCCAUUAUAUUGGGGGGGGCAAUCUCAGUUUAGCCCUUUCAUUCAGAUGUAGGGGAAUAAAGCCCCCCCGGGGGGCAUGUUAUGAUGCCUUGUGCCUGUUGGCUCCCAGCCCAUCUGGCUUCCCAACACUUUAUUAUUAGCUUCCCCUUUAAACGUGGUUGAAGGGUAAAUUAUAAACUUUUAUUUAUAGGGGGGUUCUGUAACUGUGCACUUACUGUGGCCCUACUGCAGCUGGCAGGGGAUUGUGGGAGUUGUAGUUGUGCACUUACAGCUGUGACCCUACAGGAGCUGGCAGGGGAUUGUGGGAGUUGUAGUUGUGCACUUACUGCUGUUGCUCUACUGCAGCUGGCAGGGGAUUGUGGGAUUUGGAGUUGUGCACUUACAGCUGUGACCCUACAGGAGCUGGCAGGGGAUUGUGGGGGUUGUAGUUGGCCACUUACUGCUGUGACCCUACAGUAGCUGGCAGGGGAUUGUGGGAGUUGUAGUUGUACACUUACUGUUGCCCUACAGCAGCUGGCAGGGGAUUGUGGGAGUUGUAGUUGUGCACUUGCCCUACAGCAGCUGGCAGGGGAUUGUGGGAGUUGUAGUUGUGCACUUGCCCUACAGCAGCUGGCAGGGGAUUGUGGGAGUUGUAGUUGUGCACUUGCCCUACAGCAGCUGGCAGGGGAUUGUGGGAGUUGUAGUUGUGCACUUACUGCCCUACAGCAGCUGGCAGGGGAUUGUGGGAGUUGUAGAUGUACACUUGCCCUACAGCAGCUGGCAGGGGAUUGUGGGAGUUGUAGUUGUGUACUUGCCCUACAGCAGCUGGCAGGGGAUUGUGGGAGUUGUAGUUGUGCACUUGCCCUACAGCAAGCUGGCAGGGGAUUGUGGGAGUAGUAGUUGAAGUUUUUCAGCCCCAAUAUGGGCGCUUGCCUUGCUAUUUUAUAGCCCCGACGCAGUGAUAAGUGGGAUUUAAUGGUGGUUCCUGCCAAUCUGGCUUUGUGUUCCCUUAUAUCGGCCCCUCGGCAGUCUCUGUGCAGCCCCCGCAGCUGUAACCGGCUGGGCUAAAGUGCCAACACAAUUAAAUGUGAAAUGUUACAUCUGCCCUUGGAUCUAUUUCCAAUAAAUGGUGCCUUAAUGUUACUUCAUGUAGAUGUGAAGCUCUUGGGACUAGAGGUGGGAUCUCAUUCGUAUCGGUGGCAGGAAAGUCUCCUACUUUAUAACCCGCAGCUGUCUUGUCAAAUUAAGGGCUAAUCCCAUUUAUUUUUUUGGGGGGGGGGGGGGUUUGUUUUAGUGACUCCAUGCUGUAUCCAACCCAGUCGUGUUGUUCUGUCACCCCCACGCUUCACGGCACUGCAUUGCUGACUCACGUAUUUGUUCAAUACGGAGAUUUUUUUUCUUUAAUUGUGAAAUCCUACAUAGAUCGGAGUCUGUGAUUGGACGGAUAUCCUGGCCCCGGGGCCCAUGAUCAGGGACAAAUUAGAGACAAGACAUGUUCCCAUACUAUCCUUUCAAGCCGUGCCUCUUUUAACCAUAAUUUGGAUUCCAAAAGCUGCUUUUUUUUUUUUUCCACUACCCCCCCCCCCCCAACCCAAGGGAUUAUGUUGUAAGCCUUGGGAAACAAAGGAUUACUUUACAAAAAGUACAAAUAUUAUCGAAGUGAUAUACGAAGAUGGGCGACCAUUGUCCCCGGCGGAUUAUUGUACCGGAGAGCGGAGUUUUUCUUGACUGAGCACGAGGAACAUACCACUGAGAGCCGGGGGGGGGGGGGGUGAGCUUAUCAAGGUAAAACCACGCUGAGAGUCCCACCGCCACCCCCAGCGCAAUGUUGUACAUGGAGAGUAAUCCAGCAGAAACAGCAGCACGGGGCAUCUGCUGCACAGGUUAAAACUUGAAGACCUUUUUGGGAUUCGCUUGGAAAUUGUUCAUGAAAAGUCAUGUUUAAAGAGGAAACCCCCCCACUCCUCCAGUUCGGGUUGCUUUCGGAUGGAUUUACACUUUAAUUUAUUAUUCUAAACGGAUCUGUUGUUUUGGGAUCCAUUUUUGUUUUUGGGGGGGGGGUGUUGUGUUUCACUUUCCAUAAACAAUGGCUGAAGGCAACGCAGAGCGGAAAGUUCGGAUGUACAGGAGUGUUUCGUUUAAGAGACUGGAAAACUGGAAUGCCAAAGGGUUUGUUGUAGAGGGAGGCACUGAGCUGCCAGGGGAAGGAGAUGUCACCCAGCCCACAUGUCAGAAAGCACAUCGACCUUCCCGAUCCCUUAGCUUGUCUAGGAAAGUGUCCAAGAUCUCUGCAGCCAGCAAGGACCAGACUUCUCCCUCCGUCCGGCAGCUCUCCCAGAGAUUCUCCUCUCACCCGAGGGAUGAAGAUGCACCGUGUGGGGAAGAAAACUCCCAUCUAAACAAGGGGUGCCAAGGAGAUUACACCCCGGAUCUACCUUACCCCCAGGACCAGCAAGGUCAGGAUCCACUCGCUGUGACUGUGUGCGAUGGCCCCGGUAAGUCUGAUGACUUGCUUGCCUAUGUGAACCCGAGGGCGCCCAAGAGCUCAGGGACUUUACUAGAUGAACUGACUUUGAACUCUUAUUUUAGUUUACUGAACCAGCCAGACAGCCGGGAAAUUAUUGGGGUUGAAGGGAACUGGCCUAGCGUUACGGAAAUGCGCAAGUUAUUUGGGGAGAACUCUAGGAAGCCGACGGCAAGGGCAUCUUCUCUUCCAGACUACGAUGAGCCAAGACUUUCAAGCCAGCAAUUAUCCUACCUAAGGGAGGCCACCGACCCACACAGACAUUGCCCGUUAGAAAGUGCUUUUCCUAGAGGCUUUAACCAUUAUGCAGCAGAUCACCGGCCCAAACAUCCCUCCCUAAAGAUUGAAAAUUCCCACUCCAGAAACCCAGUAGACAGUAAGGCGGAUAUUAAUAGUAUUCUGUAUAUGGAUACAAAAGACCACAGGACGAACGCUGGUCCAAAACCUCAGCCUCCCACCCCUCCUCCCAGAAGCUGUAUACCAUUCGGUCUCAAGGCUCACACACUUUCCUCUGGAGUACCUAAACAAGAGGCAAGACAGCAAUCAGUAAGUUUACAUUCCUUGCAUAGUUCUGGCAAACCACAGACUGCCCCCUCCAAUGUCAGACUCCGAUUCAGUUCCAGCGAGGAAGAGUUGCAUAGCAAUGCAUUGCAGUUGCCUAGCAGCCCAAACAAGAACGAAUUUCGGGACAGGUCCCAGGAAGGGUCCUCAGGGAGCGAUGAGGAAGGCAGUCGGGUAACCCUCAGGGAAAGUCUCAGGAAUCGAUCCCUUCGGAAGAAAAAGAAAGACUUGGAAGAGCGCAAGGGUUGUUUUUCAGGAGAAAGCGACGUUAAGCAUGUUCUAAGUGAUGCAGUAGGUGGGCAUGAAGUAGGUGAGGAUGCCAACCACUCAGAGUACCCACCUCAUGGGACAAAUAUAUCCGAGACAGGAAAAAUGGGUGUAAAUGCUGCUGUAAACAAACCACCGUCAAGCGAACCCCCCAAACAGCACCUUAGAGGCACCCCUGAAGGUUUAAUCCCAUCUCCAGCUUGCCACUUGUCUGCAGCGUCCCCCAUGCCCACUGUGUCUCGUGUUGCCAAAGUUAAUAUUCCUCCGUUUCUGCCCAGCCCCUGCGGAUCAAGAAGCAGCAGCAGAUACUCCAGCACCGAAACUCUAAAGGAAGAUGAUCCCUUUAACGUAUACUCUACUGGCCAAAGCCGCCAAGGAGGCUUUAACAUGUACAGAUCACCGAGCUUCGGACAUAGCGACAAUGUCAGGCAACAGGCCCGCUCACGAGCAAAAUUAGCCCCAAACGUUGCAAAGGCAAAAAGUGAAAACGUUUCUGAAGUUUCUACUUGUGAUGCUGAAAGUGAAAACUCCAAAUAUACAAAAUCUAUGUCCAAUCCUGAUAUAGCAUCAGAAACGCUAAACCUGCUUAGCCUCUUGAAAUCUGAUAUUUCGGACUUAAAAAUAGGAAACCGGGGCCGGGAAUGCACUGACAGAGAUGGAGGUACUGCUAGAAAUGAGAAUGCCCAUGGAUCAGGUGGCCAAGAGACCUGGGCUCAUAGAGGUAGAUCCUCUUUCCAUAGUAUGAGCCGCUCUCACCAAGGUAAUCGUCCUACGUUAAAAGACCUCACUGCUACCCUUCGCCGUACAAAAUCCUUUACAUACUCUGAAAAAUUAGCAUCCACCAAAAGACUUGUAGGCCAGGGUUCCAUGAAGCAAAGCUCAUCGGAGCUUUCACUGGCCAGCACAGGCGAUGAAGUUCUGUUGUCAGACAGUAAAGCAAAUAAACAUGGGGCAAAACAAGGUGAAGAUGGUGAAUCGGCCCAAAGUCAAGAUCAGUACAUCCAAGAAGCAAGGCAAGUCUUCGAGAAAAUCAGCCAAAUCGGCUCUCAGGAUGACUAUGGCUUUGAUCAGGAAAUAAGCAAACACCUGGAAAACAAAAUGGCCGCAGAUUUGCCGUUGGAAAGUACUUCCUACAGUUUGGAUAAGAACAGUAAUUCAUUCAUCGAAAAGUUGGAAGAAACAAAAUCACUGGAGGAACUGUCUCAUCAUGAAUUUGCUAUGACCGACGAAGGGAUUGUUACCGAAGUCGAGACUGCAGCUGGUGCAACCUUGUAUCAAGACCUUGGCCAAACACUAACAGUCUGGAAGUCGGCCGAUAAAAUUCACGGAGAAGUGAACCCCUUUAACGUUCAAAAUGGGCAAAUACAACAAUGUCCCUCUGCAGUCAAGUCCAGUUUUGAAAAUGAUUUUUGCUGUGAUGUAGUUUCCAAUAAAAGUUCUUCUCAGGUGCCUCUUGAUACUCCACCAACGCCAGGAACCAUGCGGAGGAGAAGGAAGUUUCCAUCCCUUAGCAAUAAUGGCAGUGAUUCUAGCAAUGGUAGCAGUGGCGAAUCAGGGAGUGAGACUUAUAGGUCUUUGAGCGAUCCAAUGCCCCACAGAACAUACUCCAUAACGGAAGACUCCAAGGCCUUCUCGGUUGACAGCAAUCUUCUUGGGUCACUAAAUUCCAAGACUGGAAACUCUGAGUCGUCGGCCAUUGCCUUCUCUGAGUGCACCGGUAGUGCUGCUAGUGUUUUAUCUUUCAGUAGUGAUGGUGUUAAAGAUUACAACACGGUAAUACAGAAUAUUGUUAGCCAACCUGGAGCCCUAGACAAAGUCAUUGAUGAAAAAGGAAAUGGGAAGACCAUCAAGAAAAAAUCUUUUAGUGAUCCUAGUCGCCGUGGUGAACUGUCCCCUACAGGUUUAGAGAAUUCCACUGAGCCCAUUAAUGAGCUGUCUUCCAGCAGUGAGCCCAUACUGACGGAGCAAAGAGACGAGUCAGGGGAGGUAGAAGACGCAGUGGAAGUGGUUGGAAGAGUCCGUUCCCAGUCGGAAUGCGUGCUGCCCCAUGCAGAGGAUGAUAGCAGGGUUGAGGGAAACCAGAAUUUCAAUUUUGACCCCAAACUAGCAGAGGUGUUGUCUCCAAGGACAGUUAGGCGAAGUUCUAAAAAACGCACCAAUAGGGUGGGUUGUCAAGACGGUCAACAAGAAUGUAAUGAAUCCAUUGAGGCCUUAGGAAAAUCGAGAGUAGCUAGCAAGCAUAUAAGGCACACAAGUGAACCUUCUACAUUCAUCCCAAUCCUGUCUCCCGAGUCAAAGUCACCUAGUCAUCCGGUCGUCCAACUAACCAUUCCGGAGUCGGCAAAGCUUCCGGUGAAACCACUGCCAAGUUUGAUAUGCCCACAACUGGAGGAUGUAUCCAAGCAAAGUGCACACAUUACUGGGGAUACUAACACACCUUCCACAGGGGAUUUGCCUAGGACUGCACCGACUACUCCUACAACGGCCGAACCCAAAUUGCUGAGGCUCCCUAAGCCCCACGAGGAUGUCACUCCUGGCAACAGAAGCAAACCCUACGUGGAUAUGAGAAAACAUGUUUUCCUGACAUUACUCGACACCGAGCAGUCCUACGUGGAAUCCCUGCGCACCCUGAUGGAGAGUUACAUGAAGGCCCUGAAGCAGCCGGAGAAUUCCUUCCUGUGUGACCCGUCUCUGGUGGAUGAAAUAUUCGAUCAGAUCCCGGAGCUGCUGGAACACCAUGAACAGUUCUUGGAGCAAGUGAACCACUGUGUGCAGAACUGGGGCGAGAUCCAGACCGUGGGGGACGUCCUGGUCCAGUCAUUCUCCAAAGAGAUCCUGGUGAGCAUCUACUCGGCCUACAUUGAUAAUUUCCUCAAUGCCAAGGAUGCUAUUCGGGCGGCCAAGGAAGCCAGGCCGGCCUUUAUCAAGUUCCUGGAGCAAUGUACUCGGGAAAACAAAGAGAAACAAGCGCUGUCUGAUCUGAUGAUUAAACCUGUGCAGAGGAUUCCGCGCUAUGAGCUUAUAGUCAAGGAUCUAUUAAAACACACCCCCAAGGAUCACCCGGACCACCCCUGCCUACUGGAUGCGCAGAGAAACGUCAAGCAGCUGGCGGAAAGGAUCAACCGGGGCAUGAGGAGCGCGGAGGAAGCGGAGAGGGACAUCCGGAUCCUGCAGGACAUAGAGUCGCACAUCGAGGGCAUGGAAGAUCUUCAAGCUCCAUUUAGAAGAUUUGUGCGCCAGGAGAUGGUGGUGGAAGCGAAAGCUGUAGGAGGGAAGAAAGAGCGCUCCCUAUUCCUGUUUACUGACCUGCUGAUCUGCACCACUCUGAAGCGAAAGUCGGGGUCCCUGCGACGCAGUUCUAUGAGCCUAUACACAGCAGCGAGUGUCAUCGACAUAUCGAGCAAAUACAAACUUCUUUGGAAACUUCCGCUGGAGGAUGUGGACAUUGUCAAAGGAACCUCCCAAGCCUCAAACCGGGACAGUAUCCAGAAGAUCAUUGGCCGACUGGAUGAAGAUCUCAGCACCAUGGGGCAAAUCAGCAAACUCUCGGAGACACUCAGCUUCCCGCACCAGAGCCUGGAUGAUGUUAUCAAGGACAUGAUGGCGUCCGUACACCGGGAGUUGGCGGAAAAGCAGUCUCUCUCAUUCACCAUGUCCUCCCCACCUAACAAAGUGGAGCUGAGCACCACCAAAGCCGACGGCACAGAAUCCUUCAUCUUUGAGUUCAGUAACCCCGAGGCGCGGCUCCACUUCGAGCAGGGGUUUGAAGAUGCAAAAAAGAAACUCGUUUCCAGCAAAAACCGCCUGGACCCCGAGUUCCUGAAAGCCAUUCCCAUCAUGAAGACCAGGAGCGGGAUGCAGUUCUCCUGCGCAUCCCCCAGUCACAGCUGUUUGGACAACGUACACGAGGUUUGGGUGUGUAACAGCGACGGGUACGUGGGGCAGGUCUGCCUCCUCAGCAUCAAGAACGAGCCCUCGGUGGAAGCCUGCAUCGCUGUGUGCUCCGCUCGGAUCCUCUGCAUUGCCUCCGUGCCAGGCCUCAAGCGCAAUUACCGGGAACGCCCAGUUGCUCUGGCGAGCCAGUCCUCGGAAACCCAGUCCCAGGAAGAGACGGCAUCCCAGCAGUGCCUUCACAUUUCCAUCUCGGGAUCCUCGCUGGAGCUGUCGGAGAACACGGAUAGCGCCAGUCGGGACCUCGUACCCUUCGACAGUGAUGAUACAGACGAUGAGUCCUCCCCGAGCCCCUCAGGGACCCUGCAGAGCCAAGACACCGAAGAGAUGCCCAGUGCCAAAGAUACCACCACCGAGACCACGAGCUCCGAAGAAGAGCAGGACACCAACUUCCUCCCUAUCCCCGGCUCCUUCAGCCAGAACCGGGACAGCGAGAGCCCCACGGAGGGGCAGGCAGUGAGGAGAUCAAGCAGGGGCUCCUACACGAGGGGGAGCUUGGAAGACCUGCUGAGCCUGGACCCCGAGGCCCAUCACAGCUCCAUGUGGCUGGGGACAGAGGAUGGAUGCGUCCACGUCUAUCAGUCGUCAGACAACAUCCGCAACCGCAAGAACAGCAUGAAGAUGCAGCACUCGGCGGCCGUUAUGUGCAUCCUUUACCUGGACAACCAAGUGUUUGUGUCGCUGGCCAAUGGAGAGCUGAUCGUGUAUCAGAGGGAAGCAGGAAGCUUCUGGGACCCUCAAAACUCCAAAUCUCUGCCCCUUGGCUCACCUGGGGGUCCAGUUACCAAAAUGGUGUCUGUGUCUGGGAAGCUGUGGUGCGGCUGCCAAAACAGAGUGAUCAUCUUCAACACAAGCUCCUUACUGCAAGAGCACACCUUCCAUAUUGGGCAGGACCAGAACCGCAGCGUGACGUGCAUGGUGAGCUCCUGCGUGGGCAUGUGGAUCGCUCUGCAGAGCAGCGCCCAGGUGCGACUGUAUCACGCCACUUCAUUUGAGCAGAUGGCGGAGGUGGAUAUCGCGCCGCCGGUGCACAAGAUGUUGGCAGGUUCUGAUGCCAUCAUCCGGCAACACAAGUCAGCCUGCCUGCGGAUCACAGCACUCCUGGCUUGUAAGGACCUGCUAUGGAUCGGUACCAGCGCCGGGGUGGUCCUCACCCUGUCCUUUGCCUCCGCCAGCAGCUCCCUCAAGGGCCAACUCAGUCCGGUGGGUCUGUCCCAGGGCCACACAGGACACGUCCGGUUCCUCACAUCCGUGGAGCUGCCAGAUGGCUUUGAUGUAAACUUCCCAUUGUCAGAUCAGGGCAACGACCAGGCGUCUGAGAUGGAAAAGAGGGAUUCGGCCCGAUACCGCCCGUCCCCAAUGACCCAAUCCAAAUCCAAAAUCCUGGUCAUCAGCGGCGGGGACGGCUACGAAGACUUCCGACUGACCAACAGCAGCGAGACCGUGGGCAGGGACGACAGCACCAACCACCUUCUUCUCUGGAGAGUGUGAGAGAGAGAGGUGCCCCGGCGAGAGGUCGGCACCACCGAGGUGCCCCAAUCUGUCACUGCUGCGCUUGGUCUUGUCUCCAACUCGUCCCUGAACUCCCCGAAUGUGUUACCGGCACAGCCUCCGGCCGCAGGGUGCCUCGUGCCUACGGAACAACCGGCCUUUUGUGCCCAAAAUGGGCGGCAGGAGCGGGAGAUGUACAGUGUGUAAAUAGUAAUAAGGAAGGUUGCCAAACCCUGCAGGAGGGAUGUACAUUACAGGACUGGGCUGUACCCGCAGCUCUAUCAUUUGUUAAUAAGCAGAGAAUGCCAGCCGGGCACCGGGACCUUCCGCUAGGCCUUCAGGGGAUGCCCAUCGCCGGCUGCCCCCCGUGCAUCUAUAAAGGCAUUAACCACUGGUCUAUCAUAACUGCUGUCUGCCACUGCUUGGCUCCCAGGGUGCCCUGCGCCGGGGCCCUCGGGGGCCCACUCUGAAUGUCCACUCUGUCCGUUCUACCCCCCUCUCUGUGGCUUCUUUUUGCACCAAACCCCCAUUGCUGGCUCCCCAAGACUUUUAUGUUUUUUAAACAAUGUUCUUAUUUAUUGUCAAGUUUUAAUAUUUGUAAUCACUGGGGGGGAUGAAUAUUGUGAUCCCACCCUGUGCCCCACCCUCUGCCCCACCCUGAGCCCCACCCUGUCCGGCGGUGAAACCAAAUGCUGCCUUUCGUUAUUACUGUGACUUGGCAAAGGGCACUAGGAUCGACCCGCAAUCCCUUCCAUCCCCACAAAUAGACCCUCCAGCUGUUUAAUAUUGAGAUACCCCCCACCCCCUCAUAGAGAACUUGCACCCAUGUCCAUUGUCUUUGUAGGGACCGAGCAACUGAUUUAAAUGGGAGAAUCCUUCACUUGGCCAAUAGAGGGAGUCAGUCAUAACUUGGGCAACUGUGUGUUGAUUCCGUUACCUUGCCCGGCAGUUGCCAUAUUGCCUUACUGUGCAACCCCCCCCCCCCCCCCAUGCAACUAGCCCUGUGGCACCACUGUGACUCCCUUCACUGCUACAUUGGCACCGGUGCCCUAGGAACUAUCACACAGAGGACUCUAACUGCUGUACUAUAUACAUUGUGUUUCCUUGGCUACUCAUCAGGCACUCACUGUGGAUGGGGUCCCACAACCAGCGCCCCCCCGUCCAUAUAUAUAUAUAAAUCCCAGUGCAACUGCCGCUUAAUGUUCUCUUUGGGCAGUGUGCCCAGUGCUGGGCUGUGAAUCUGUGUGCAUCUCUGUUUCCUUUGGACGUUGCUUGGGGAUUACAGGGUUAAAAUGCUGGACAGAGUAAUGGGUUGCUAUUAGCAGAUCUGUCACUAGGAGGCGACAUUGUUGCAUCAAUAGCAAGUUGCAGCCUUAUUCAUAAUUCCCUCCCUCCCUAAUGAAUGUUGAAUCUGCCCCAUACAUUUUUGUAUAAUAUUGUUUUUAUUUCUCAAAGUAUUUGUGGGGGUGGGUCAGUAUGGCAGCCCCAGGCAGGGGGGUAAGGGAAGGAGCCAGUGGGUUCAUAGCACUUAUUUCUAAGCGGCGAGUGCGGCUUGCAAUGGAAUAAUGGCUAACUAAAUACUCAUCUGCCCCCAGUCAGGGUAAUAAUGUGUCAGUUGGAUAAUAGCCCCACACAGAAAGUGAGUGCUUUGGAGCAGAUGUUGUAUUUUGUAAGGGAAUAUCCCACAAUGCAUCUGGUGUGGUACAAACAAGUCAUCAAUGAAUCUUCAGAACCUUUGGGUGAUUGUUGCCGUGGGGCUGCCGUACCCCCCUGUUGCUUCACUGUGACCGGCCCUUUCUUUCUCAGAAUCACAUGAUACUACAAACUUGCCAAAGAAUAUAAUACCCCCCCCCCCAGCGUUUGUGUGUUGUUAAAUAGACUGAGCGCCAAUCCCUGAAGGGAAACAUCCAAUGAGUUGGGUCAUUGGGCUGCGGAGGGUUAGGGAAGUUGAUAGGAAGAGGUUCUGAUUGGGAAUAGUGAAGGGAAUGAGUUUGGGUUGGAACCAGUUGGCUGGUUCUGGAUGUCCUGGUCAUGGCAGUCAUACCUGUCUGGGCAGCCUGGGGGGGUCACUGCCAGAUAAACAGGCUGAGGGCAUCUCUAUAGAGGAGUUAUAGUUCAGCAGCAGCUGGAAAGCUUUAUUAAACCCCCCCACAAAUGAAAUGGUUUGUGCUGUGACCAUAGUGUUGGAGUAUAUGGAAGCUCCCAUUGGCUCACUCACGUAGGGGAGACUGGUGGCCUAUACUCUCCUAAGCCAACUGGCAUCACCUAUAGGGUUCCUGUGGGCACUUGGCCAGCACAGAGAGGCCAUGUACAAGUCCAGUGUGGCCCCCAUGGCUGCGUUGAAUGAACGGCAUUAUGGGUAAUAGUUCAGGAAGGACAGGUGGCUUUUGGAUGUCUAUUAUCCCAGUGGGCCGGACAGACAGGGUAAAUAAUAAUAAUAAACAUGACCCCCAGGGGGCGCUGCUGUAAGUGCUGGGUCAGAUAAUGGGAAGGCAGUUAUGUUGUUAUGGGUUUGUCCAACUGCUCCUCCCAGCACCCUGUCCCGGCCGGACUUUCCCCCUAAACACAGAGGGUGGGGGCAGGUGAUACUGAGAGAAGGAAACACUGAGUGGGGGGAUUGGCUGCUCUUACCGACCCCUGUAUUCUCCAUGGCAACUGCCCUAUUAGCCCCACUGUGCAGGAAUGGUACGGCCCGAUGCAAUGAGGCCCAAUGGGAGAGCCGGACCCAGGCUAUUGACUCUUUCAGCACUGUGGGAAACGAUGAUUAUUACUCAUUAACCCUCACAACGCUGGUGCUUAUUGCACUGCUGUUAGCCCCGCCCAGCACUUAAGGGGUUACAGAGAAGCUUUUUAACCGCAAAGCCCUUUUUAUUUGUUUUUAUUGUAAUUUCUGGGAAAUGAGAGGCCUCGGCCCGCGGGCGACUGUAAAUAGCGACUCGGUGUAUCCCUCCCCGUGUAUAUAGUCCCGUCACUGUCCGACUGUCCCAAUAUGGAUAAUGGCUUCUUUUUAUAUACCCCCCCCCCCCCCCACACAUACUGCGCCACCGCCGGCCCCAUCAUAUGUGUGUAAUGUCUCUGUCACUGUUCUUUAUUUGUAAUUAAAGUUCACUAGUGUUGGUUCCGA